AUGGCGGAGUCUUCAGACAAGGUCUACCGGGUCGAGUACGCCAAGAGCGGGCGCGCGGCUUGCAAGAAAUGCAAAGAGAGCAUCCCCAAGGACUCGAUCCGGAUGGCCUUCAUGGUGCAGUCGCCCAUGUUCGAUGGGAAAAUCCCGCACUGGCACCACCUCUCCUGCUUCUGGAAGGUCGGCCACUCCAUCUGGCACCCUGAUGUCGAGGUGGAUGGGUUCUCCGAGCUCCGCUGGGAUGACCAGCAGAAGAUCAAGAAGAUGGCCGAGACUGGAGGAGCGACAGAUGUUUCAGGCAAAGGCCAAGAUGGAGUUGGCAGCAAGACCGAGAAGACACUGAUUGACUUUGGGGCUGGGUACGCCAAAUCCAACAGAAGCACGUGCAAGAGCUGCAUGGAGAAGAUAGAAAAGGGCCAGGUGCGCCUGUCCAAGAAGGUGGUGUACCCUGAUAAGCCCCAGCUGGGCAUGGUUGACUGCUGGUACCACCCAAAGUGUUUUGUUCAGAAACGGGAGGAGCUGGGCUUCCGUCCUGAGUUCAGCGCAAGCCAGCUCAUGGGCUUCAGCUGCCUCACUGCAGAGGACCAAGAAGCCCUCAAGAAGCAGCUCCCGGAAAUCAAGGGUGAAAGAAAGAGAAAAGGCGAUGAGGUGGAUGGAAUAGAUGAAGUGGCCAAGAAGAAAUCUAAAAAAGAAAAAGACAAGGAGAUUAAACUUGAAAAGGCCCUCAAGGCCCAGAAUGACCUGAUCUGGAACGUCAAGGAUGAGCUAAAGAAAGCGUGCUCGACAAACGACCUGAAAGAGCUGCUCAUCUUCAACAAGCAGCAAGUGCCCUCCGGGGAGUCGGCGAUCUUGGACCGAGUGGCUGACGGUUUGGUGUUUGGCGCCCUCCUUCCAUGCGAGGAAUGCUCAGGCCAGCUGGUCUUCAAGGGCGACGCCUAUUACUGUACUGGCGAUGUGACUGCCUGGACCAAGUGUAUGGUCAAGACACAGACACCCAACCGGAAGGAGUGGGUGACCCCAAAGGAAUUCCGAGAAAUCUCUUACUUCAAGAAACUGAAGAUCAAAAAGCAGGACCGUAUAUUCCCCCCAGAGAGCAGCGCCCCGGUGGGAGUGGCACCCCCGCCCUCCGCAGCUUCAGCACCUGCUGCUGUGCACUCUGGCCCCCCAGACAAGCCAUUAUCCAACAUGAAGAUCCUGACUCUUGGGAAACUCUCCCAGAACAAGGAUGAAGUGAAGGCCACGAUCGAGAAACUCGGGGGGAAAUUGACAGGGACGGCCAACAAGGCCUCCCUGUGUAUCAGCACCAAAAAGGAGGUGGACAAGAUGAAUAAAAAGAUGGAGGAAGUAAAAGAAGCCAACAUCCGUGUGGUGUCUGAGGACUUCCUCCAGGACAUCUCCGCCUCCACCAAAAGCCUUCAGGAGUUGCUCUCCACCCACCUCUUGUCGCCCUGGGGGGCCGAGGUGAAAGUGGAGCCUGUUGAAGCAGUGGCCCCAAGAGGGAAGUCAGGGGCUGCGCCCUCCAAGAAGAGCAAGGGCCCCGCCAAGGAGGAAGGUACCAACAAAUCUGAAAAGAGGAUGAAGUUAACUCUUAAAGGAGGAGCAGCCGUUGACCCUGAUUCAGGUCUGGAACACAACGCACACGUCCUUGAGAAAGGCGGGAAGGUCUUCAGCGCCACCCUUGGGCUCGUGGACAUCGUCAAAGGGACCAACUCGUAUUACAAGCUGCAGCUCCUGGAGGAUGACAAAGAGAGCAGGUACUGGAUAUUCAGGUCCUGGGGCCGUGUGGGCACGGUGAUUGGUAGUAACAAACUGGAGCAGAUGCCAUCCAAGGAGGAUGCCAUUGAGCAUUUUAUGAAAUUAUAUGAAGAGAAAACCGGAAAUGCCUGGCACUCCAAAAACUUUACGAAGCAUCCCAAAAAGUUCUACCCUCUGGAGAUUGACUAUGGCCAGGAUGAAGAGGCGGUGAAGAAGUUGACGGUAAACCCUGGCACCAAGUCCAAGCUCCCCAAGCCAGUGCAGAACCUCAUUAAAAUGAUCUUUGAUGUGGAAAGUAUGAAGAAAGCCAUGGUGGAGUAUGAGAUUGACCUUCAGAAGAUGCCCCUGGGGAAGCUGAGCAAAAGGCAGAUCCAGGCUGCGUACUCCAUCCUCAGUGAGGUCCAGCAGGCACUGUCCCAGGGCAGCGGUGACUCUCACAUCCUGGAUCUCUCCAACCGCUUCUACACCCUGAUCCCCCACGACUUCGGGAUGAAGAAGCCCCCGCUCCUGAACAAUGCAGACAGCGUGCAGGCCAAGGUGCAGAUGCUCGACAACCUGCUGGACAUCGAGGUGGCCUACAGUCUACUCAGGGGCGGCCCCGAGGACAGCAGCAAGGACCCCAUUGACGUCAACUAUGAGAAGCUCAAGACGGACGUCAAGGUUGUGGACAAAGAUUCCGAAGAAGCCGAGAUCAUUAGGAAGUAUGUGAAGAACACUCAUGCGACCACACACAAUGCGUACGACUUGGAAGUCGUCGACAUCUUCAAGAUAGAGCGCGAAGGGGAGAGCCAGCGUUACAAGCCAUUUAAGCAGCUGCAUAACCGGAGGCUCCUGUGGCACGGGUCCAGGACCACCAACUUCGCAGGCAUCCUGUCCCAGGGUCUCCGGAUAGCCCCACCUGAAGCGCCUGUGACAGGCUACAUGUUUGGUAAGGGGAUCUAUUUUGCUGACAUGGUCUCCAAGAGUGCCAACUACUGCCACACAUCCCAAGGAGACCCAAUAGGCUUGAUCCUGUUGGGAGAAGUUGCCCUUGGAAACAUGUAUGAACUGAAACACGCUUCGCAUAUCAGCAAGUUACCCAAGGGCAAGCACAGUGUCAAAGGUUUAGGCAAAACUACCCCUGACCCAUCGGCUAGUAUUACUAUGGAUGGUGUGGAGGUGCCUCUCGGGACAGGGAUUUCAUCCGGUGUUAAUGACACCUGUCUGCUAUAUAAUGAGUACAUCGUCUAUGACAUUGCUCAGGUCCAUCUGAAGUACCUGCUGAAGCUGAAGUUCAACUUUAAGACAUCCCUGUGGUGA